GCUGCGGACUUCGGACUCCGGCCCAUAGGCCGCCUCCCGCCGAGCCGAGCCGGCAGCCCAGUCUGACCGUGAGCGAGCCAUGACUGCUCUGCUGGGGCUCUGGCCCGAGGUGCAGGACACCUGCACCUCGUUGGGGCUGAUGCUGUCGACCGUGCUGUUCGUGGCGCUGGCCCGCGUGGUCCUCCGGCAGCAGAUGCACAAAUCCGUGGCCCACACCUUCGUCUUGGAGUUUCUGGCCACCUUCCAGCUCUGCUGCUGCACCCACGAGCUGCAACUGCUGAGCGAGCAGGAACCCGCGCACCCCACCUGGCCGCUGACGCUAAUCUACUUCUUCUCGUUGGUGCAUGGCCUGACCCUGGUGGGCACCUCCAACAACCCGUGCGGAGUGAUGAUGCAGCUGAUGCAGGGGGAAAUGUCCCCCGAGACAGGGGCGAUGAGGCUGCUGGCUCAGCUGAUUGGUGCCCUGUGCAGCAGGUACUGCAUAGGCGCCCUGUGGAGCCUGGGGCUGACCAGGUAUCACGUCAGCGAAAGGACCUUCGCUUGCAGGAAUCCCAUCCAAGUCGACUUGCCCAAAGCCGUCAUCAUUGAGGCCAUCUGCUCCUUUAUCUUCCACAGCGCUGUGCUGCACUUCCAGGAGGUCCGAACCCAACUUCGUAUCCACCUGCUGGCAGCACUCAUCACCUUUUUGGUCUAUGCAGGGGGAAGUCAAACAGGAGCUGUAUUUAACCCAGCUUUGGCACUUUCACUACAUUUCAAGUGUUUUGAUGAAGAAUUCCUUCAAUUUUUUAUAGUAUAUUGGCUGGCUCCUUCUUUAGGUAUAUUGUUGAUGAUUUUGACGUUCAGCUUUUUCCUUCCAUGGCUGUAUAACAACCAUACAACUAAUAAAAAGGAAUAACUAUUCCAAAAGACUCAGACUAAGUAACAGGACAGUCAAGCUGGCUGCACUGGAUUCAUCAAUGUCAGCGUCCUGUGAGGAAGCUGCCUUACACUUUUUCAUCACUGGGACUUAAAAAAAAAAUUACUGUGAAAAUGAGGCAUCCUGUGUUUCUCAGUUAAGACUUAAUUCUUUUAAGUGUGUAUUAAAUGCUGCUAGAAAAGGCUCAUUACAUU